AUGGGUCGGCUCGACCGGAGUGAUACCACAGCCUCUCAGAAAGCGGGCGUGAAACAACCACAGUGUUAUAUUUCGCCGUGCCCGAGCGUACGGCGCGUAGCGUUCCGCGCGCGCCUCAAAGAGCCUAUAGACCACCACAGACUGGGCCCUAAAGGGCUGAUGUUCAGCCGGGGUUGCGGGGUAAGCGCAAUGAGGUACCGCGACCUCGGCACAGAGCAGGAGAAGGAACAGGGGGGUUUUUAAUUAAACCACGCCCUGGCAGGGCUUAGGCCAUGGUGGUGGCACGCGUGUAACAUUGCGCUACACGCUGCAUGUUGCGCGUUAGUAGCGCGAGCUUGCGUCACAAUUGCGCGACUACAGCGACCAUUCGCUGCAUUGGCUGCAUUGCUAUUUGCAGUGCAUCCUGUGCAUACUGAGGCGGUAGCUGGAGUAGUAGGCAGAGCUGAUGUGUUAGCUUGUAUAUUUUUUUUAUCAUCGCUUCUCGUUUAUCAUAGGCCUCCGAGCAACAAGAAGUGUGUGUGGCUCAGCGUCGUGCUCGGAGCUCUCAGUAUGCUGGCCAAAGAAACGGGGAUCAUGAUAUUUAUACUCAAUCUAGCCUUCGACUUUUAUAGAUGUUGGCCGUUUGUUAAAAGAUUGAUGACAUUUUGCUACUUGGCGGCAUUCAACUGGUGGUUGCUCCUAUGUCCGUGGACGCUCAGCCACGACUGGCAGAUGGGGUCAGUUCCACUGAUCACCAGUGGUUGGGAUCCUAGGAACUUGCUCACCUGUGCCGCUUUUGGGGCACUACUAGUAUUGUGCUAUCGGUUUAUUGCCGAUUUAGAGGUACAGAAGCAUACGCCCGCAGUGAUCGGUGUCCUUCUAAUGGUCCUACCCUUUGUGCCUGCAAGCAAUUUACUAGUAACAGUGGGAUUUGUAAUUGCCGAGAGAGUCCUUUAUAUACCAAGUGUGGGUAGUGUAAUAAUAACAGCAUACGGAGUCCAACUGAUGUGGUGUUCGAAGCCUGGCACGAAGGUGUACCUGGCGAUAGGCCUGGCAGUACUCGCUGCUAGUGGAGUCGCAAGAACACAUCGGAGGAAUGCAGAAUGGAGAGAUCGAGCUACUUUGUUAAGGGCGGAUUUAGUGACUUUGCCGCAGAACGCUAAACUGCACUACAACUUGGCGAACUUUCUACGCGAGACAGAACAACAAGACAGCGCCAUCAAACAUUACAAAGAAGCUUUGAGAUUAUGGCCGAGUUACGCGAGUGCUCACAACAACAUCGGCACUCUGGUGUCAGGAAUGGAAAACGCUGAACAUCAUUUCUUACAAGCGAUAAAGUUUAAUAAGUACCACGUGAAUGCACACUACAACCUCGGCAAACUUUACAAGAAAAGUGGUAGAAUGCAGCAAGCUGUAACGAUGCUGGAGAAAUGCAUAUGGCUGCAGCCAAGAUUCGUACAGGCUCACGUGGAACUGCUGUCCUUGAAGACAGAGAAUGAGAAACAAAGGAUUCUGAGGAGACUGGUCGACUUGGAACCGAGUAACUGGGAACAUUAUGUGUUGUAUGGUGAUUGGUUGAGAAGUAGAGGGUUGCCAGCACCAGCUGCAAAAUACUACUUAGAAGCAACAAGACUGAGUUUUAGAUAUCGAGGAGCAGAGAGGAACGUCAGAGCAGAUCUGAUUACCUUCAGGUACACUGCACUGAUGUACCGGUCGCUGGGUCAGAAGUCAAGAACAUUGCAGUUAUUAACAAGGUGGCACACGUGGAGACGAGGUUGGCCAAGUGCAGCUGCAGCGCACAUGUACCUUAGAGACUGGCGGCUUAAGAUGGAGUUGGAAGGUCGAGCACAAUUAUACUCUAAGGCCGUCAGCCCUACUAAGUCAACGAAAUGCUUUGACCACACACAACUAGCGGUUGGAUCGAAAGAAGAACGAAUACCACAAAAUGAAGAGAAAAAUAAAACUGUGUACACAAAAAGUGCUAUCAAAAUCUCAAGUGAUAAAAAAGACAGUGACAAUAGAUCGUGCGGGACCAAAAAACGUAACUUAUCUGUUUCGUCACAAAUAAAGACAACACACAAUAAAUCUGAGAUCGGAUUAAAAGACAAAAAGUGUACUUUGCAUAGGAAAGAUAAGAAAAAAGGUAAUGGCGUUAUAGCAAAUAUUGGUGCGCCAUUAGCUGAACACAUACUAAUGAAGACAUAUUGA